AUGGUGUUGCCGCCCCCGGACCGGCGCCACGUGUGCCUGACCACGCUGGUGAUCAUGGGCAGCAUGGCGGUCAUGGACGCCUACCUGGUGGAGCAGAACCAGGGGCCGCGCAAGAUCGGCGUGUGCAUCAUCGUGCUGGUGGGCGACGUGUGCUUCCUGCUGGUGCUGCGCUACGUGGCCGUGUGGGUGGGCGCCGAGGUGCGGACAGCCAAGCGCGGCUACGCCAUGAUCCUCUGGUUCCUCUACAUCUUCGUGCUGGAGAUCAAGCUCUACUUCAUCUUCCAGAACUACAAGGCUGCGCGGCGUGGUGCGGCCGACCCGGUGGCGCGCAAGGCGCUGACGCUGCUGCUGUCGGUCUGCGUGCCCGGCCUCUUCCUGCUGCUCGUCGCGCUCGACCGCAUGGAGUACGUGCGCACCUUCCGCAAGCGCGAGGACCUGCGCGGCCGCCUCUUCUGGGUGGCGCUGGACCUGCUGGACCUGCUGGACAUGCAGGCCAACCUGUGGGAGCCGCCGCGCACGGGGCUGCCGCUGUGGGCCGAGGGCCUCACCUUCUUCUACUGCUACAUGCUGCUGCUGGUGCUGCCGUGUGUGGCGCUCAGCGAGGUCAGCAUGCAGGGCGAGCACAUCGCACCGCAGAAGAUGAUGCUCUACCCGGUGCUCAGCCUCGCUACCGUGAACGUGGUGGCCGUGCUGGCGCGCGCCGCCAACAUGGCGCUCUUCCGGGACAGCCGCGUCUCGGCCAUCUUCGUCGGCAAGAACGUGGUGGCGCUGGCCACCAAGGCCUGCACCUUCCUCGAGUACCGCCGCCAGGUGCGCGACUUCCCGCCGCCCGCGCUCGCCCUGGAGCUGCAGCCGCCGCCCUCGCAGCGCAACUCGAUGCCGCCGCCCCCGCCGCUGCAUGGCCCUCCAGGCCGCCCCCGCGGGCCCUCGCCCACGCGCGAUGCACUGGACACGUGA